AUGAGCGCCCAAGCUGCCGUCGUCAUUCUCCAGUCCAUCAACGAGUUCACUGUGGACUCGACCAGCGCCCGCGACCUUAUCAACGACGCCACCCUUACCAACGUCGCUCAGCAGGGCUACGCCGUUCUGUACAGCAUCACCGGCGCGUACUACUCUCUGAAAGGCUGGAACAACGCUGUUACGCAGCUCAACAAGUCGGCCUUCGAUGAGACUGUUGCGAUUCGCGUGAUCAACGCGUUCGGCAUCUUCGCCCAGGACUACAUCGGAUUUCUGAUUGCCCUCAUCAACAAGCAUGUCAGUCCUCGCAUCGCUAUCGCACAUGACGUGCUUGUGUCGGCGACCAGCCCCCUCGGCCCGAAGGGUGCUCAGGUCGCCGAGCAGAUCGCCAAUCUGCAGUACGAGCUCACGAACCACCAGGGGUGGCUCGCGGUCCUCAUUCCCGCGCAUCUCGUCGAGCUCACCAAGCUCAUGAACCAAGUCAACGACGCGUUUGCCAAGGCUGCUGCGAAGUACCCCAAGCUCGGCGCGCACGCCUCCGAGGCCGCCGUCGAGGUCAACAAGAACGUCUCCGAGGUGUCCAAUCUCCAAGUGGCCAAAGGUUACGAGCCAAAUAUGUUCCAGUGUGCCCAUAAAUGUGAUCGUGUUUACCCGCUGUAA